GCCAACCGAGUCUCGCGCAAGACCCUCAGGCAGCGAAUGGCGUUCCCGGCGUGGCUGCACAGCUCUCCGACGACGAGCCGGCUACCCCAGACGGCGAAGACGCUGCCGUCCUGUCGCGCGACUACGGCGCAGGGAGUACUGUGACCAACAAGCCUCGCCAGAGCUCCUCGUCGGAUUCGGGUUACGGCUCGCCCACGCCGCGCAACAAGCCGUUGCAGCCCGACGACAUGCAGCCGAUACCUGUCAUCUGGGGCGGAGAGCCGGGCACGGAAGCUGCGUCGAAAGGGCAACCAAAGACGUCAGCCGCUUCUGCAGACCCGAGGCGGUCGCAGUCGAUGCGUUCGUUCCGCUCGAGCGGUACGGGCCGUCGCGACGCGGCGGAUGGGCAAAGCAUGUACACCACCCAGUCCGGGAGAUACACUCCGGCCCAGCGUCCUCGGAGGGUCAGCAUGAGCGGCGGAGCGUUCGCCGACGGUGCAGGAACUGUCGGGCCAGCUGUCACUCCGGACCCGGCGGAGACCAACCUCUUCAGGUCGCGCAGUGUUAGUGCAGAGUCUGCAUUGUCGAAUAAGCAGAGGCUGAGGAUCAGCAAAGAGGAGAUGAAGCAAGGCAAACGUCUGGCGAAGGUCAUUCAGCAAGAGGCGAAGGUCGAGAAGCGCGCUCUGGAGUCCGCUGUCAGAGAGCUCGCGGAACUGCAGAAGCUACAGAAGUACGCCGUAAAGGAGGAAGCGAAGACGAACGUUGCGUACGGUCACGCCUUGCACAAGUUCCACCAAGAAGAGCUUGUGUUCCUCGCUGCACAGGCCAAAUUCGAACGUGCGAGGGCUGAUUUAACGGCACACGAGGACGCUCGCGAAGCUGCUCGUGAACAUGCACAGCAAGCCACGGAGAUGCUUCAAGAGAAAACUCGUGAAGUUGAACGGCUUCGGGCCCAGAAGGCCGCUGAUGAUCGCGAGCGCGAGGCGAAGAUACGACAACUCAAGGGAAAAGCCUAGGCCAAAGAGUUGUU